CUGUCUAUUUUGUAUUUUCCGCAGGCAUGUAUAAAAGACUUACCUGCUGUGUUCUGUUGGUGAUGCUGUCUGGGAGAUUCGGGGGCACUUAUGCUGAAACCAAUGUGACAACAGCACAAAACACAACGACACAUCCCACCAAUAUGUCAAUAACCUCAGCCAACAGCACGAUGACAACACCAAUGAUGAAUGUAUCAAUGACAGCAUCAACACAAUUGGUCCCAAACAACACAGUGGUAACCCUUGAGAGCAACAUCACUAAAGCUGAGUGUGGAUCCAAGCAGCUGUGUGUAUCUGAGCCCUCUAAUUGCGAACCCUCUGUACCAGGAUCUUGCUUCUUCCUCGCUGCCAACCUGCAAAAUGAUGGAAACUUUAACUUCGGUCUCUCAGGAGAAUCAGACGGAUACAUUGCAGCAACUCUGACAGGUGGCGUUGGAGAGGGAGAUCCCACUUAUGUUUGUGCAAAUAGCAAGGGUAAAGUCAAGUUCUUUAGUACGAUCCUCACCAAUGGUGUUCUGAACAUUUCAACGCUCAAUGUGACCUCAGUGAAGGGCAAAAUCAAUGGCAGAACAAUUCAGUGCAGUUUCGUUGCCACAGUUCCACAACCAAGAGCUCGAGUAACCCUUGGCCUUGCAGUUUCCACAGGAGCGUAUAAUGACACUAAUGAGAGCCUGGGUCUUCCCAAAACUGUUAUAAGGGUCACCUCGGUAGAUCUGGCAAACUCUACUCUCAAUGUAACCAACGAGAUUACCAGCACAACAACCCCACCACCAACCGGAAACAAUGCAACCACAGGGGUUAGCAUCCCCCAACUUUCGACAAAUAUAACCCGGCAAUCAUGUGGCUCCACAAAGCUCUGUGCAGCCGAACCCAAAGAGUGCAAUCCCGCUGUGGGAGGUAGCUGCUAUUUCCUUUCUGUCAAGCAACAAAAUGGCCAAACAUACAACUUUGAGCUCUCAGGACAGUCAGACGGCUAUGUUGCUGCUGGACUCUCAACUGGUGUAACUCAGAAUGGCACUCACACAGCUUACAUUUGCGCAAACAACAAUGGCAACGUCACAUUCUUCACCGGCACCAUUGAAAACCUGGAGAUAAAACUCAAAUCGCAGAACUCGAGCAAUGAGCAGGGCACAGUCGACGGCAGCAAAAUCCAGUGCAGGUUUACAGCUGAUCUACCAGACACAACUGUCCGAGCAGCAGAUUAUGCUUUGUCAGUUUCAACUGGAACUUUUGACGCCGCUAAUUCAGGGCUGGGAAAAGCAAAUUUCCGAAUAUUGACAAAUCGUGUAAACUUGUCGGAUCCGACCGCUACCAUCAUCAACCUGCUGAACAAUGCUCCCAAUUACGCUCCUUCUUUCUUGCCUGCUCUGCUGGUCACCGUGUGUAUGCUGGCGUUCACAGCAAUGUGAAGAAACCAACGUUCAUACAUUUUCUAGUGACUUGUGAUUUCUGCAGCUAAAGAAAAAUGACUAGAUUUGACCGUUUUAUGUUUAUUUAAAAUUUAAAGUUCUUACUUGAGUGCAAGACUUUAGAUCACUGGAGUAUGACUAUACUUUUAAAGAGUUUCAAGAAAAGUAAUGAUGUUUUUUUUCUCUUAAUCAGUAUAAGCCAACUUUGAUUUGAUUUGAUUUUGAUUUAUGUAACAGGCCUGGGGUUUUGAGGUCUGGCUACAUUGCAAAGCCUUGUGGUUUAUGUCAAAAAGGUGUUUUAUUUCUUUUUUAAUUAUUGUUUCAUUGAAAAAAAGCUGUUGCAAACUGUUUUCCAACAUGUAUUCUUGCAGCAUUGCUGAAACCGAUGCCAUCAAAGUACGGUGUUUGUUGUGAUGAUAUAUGUUAUGUUAUUAAGGACAUACAGGUGUUUAAACUAUGAAGCCUUCACUGGCUGAUGUAGGCUCGUUACGUGUAAAACAAACACAGCAUCAUAUUCCAUAAAUCGGUGAGUUCAUAAUUUAGACCCAUGCUAAGAUUACCAGACUUUUUUAUUUCUUCCGUAGUUGAAUAAAUAUAUUUUCAUCCAAA